CCCACCACCAGCGAGCACGGCUCUCUUCCUCUCUCUAUUCUCCAUCCUCUCCCCCAACACGGACGUUCUGUUGCUCUUGGUUUCUUGAAGGUUUCUUUGAGAAGGAGUUUUUACUGGCUUCUUUCUCAGAAACACGAUUUCCUUCUUCCACCCCCCGUCGUUCCUUGACUCGCCUUUCCUUCCUUCGUCUUCUUUGAGCCGAGCGUCACCCGUCACCGACACCGCCCGCCCUCACCGCAAGUCGACUCACCUUUCCAACGCCACACCACCAAUCACCUCGAUUGAAAGACGUCAAAGAUGAGCGCACGCCCGCAUAAGCAGUCCAUGUCUGAACUGAAGUUGAGGAGGUUGGCGGAGCACAACCAGAGGUUGAAGGAUGACCUUUCGAGGCCGAGGAUCAGGGUCAGUGAGGCCAGCGCGAGUUUGAUUCGGUAUUGCAAGACGACGAAGGACUUACUCGUUCCGUCUGUCUGGGGUCCAGUGGGCAAAGGCGAAGAUCCUUACGCUCCUCCCGCCCAGGGCUGCGCAUGCGUCGUGAUGUGAAAGCGCCCCCGAGAUUCACCGCCAACCCGCGGCCCGACCUAUCGACAUUCCCUCUCUCCAAGCUCGCACAAGUGACAUAUGAGACGUAUAAGAGGAAAAGAACAUAAAGCAUUCCGUAAUCUACUUCCUUCGACCCCGACAUCCAUAUCUCGGACCAAGACAACAAUAAAUAAAACCAACAAACACGCACCACAUUCAUUAUUCGCUUUCGCUCUUUGAAGUUUGCACUCGUCCGCUCCCGACCCCGCUUGUACCCCGUUAUCCCGCUUUCGACGCGUUCCCCCUUCUUCAUCUCCCCACUCUUCUCCACGCAUUCUCGUCUUUCCAGCCUUGACCCCUUCCCCCGGUUUCGAUGCGAGGUAUCUGCUUCUCUGAGCCCAUUUCCAUAUGUACAGAAACCUCCACCUCCAUGCGCUAUCUUUCGAGUAUACCUUCUCAUUCAGUUUCACUCAUCUCGUUUCCAUCCAUCCUGGACCCCUUACCUCCGUUGCACGGACAGCGACCCGCCCGAGUCUACAUACAGUGUCAGUUACAAUGUAUAGUGGUAGCUUGUCACUGACUCCGUCUCCUCGUACACAUCACACCUUCGCGUCCGUUCGUUUUCUAACGUUUUGGCUUUCUCUGUGGCGUACCCCCUUUUCGUAUUUCAGUAUGUUAUCGCACUCGUGGAAUCGGAAUUUCAU